AUGGCCGAACUUGCGACAGAUCUAUACAUGCCAGAGCUAGUUGACAACAACCAGCACUCCGGUGCUCUUAUCAAGACCUCAUCGCCAAUGUAUGAGGUACUGAAUGGACACACUGCUGUAGCAGUGCCUUUGAGUAAGAAGGAUAAAAAGAAGUUGAAGAAACAAAAGGAGAAGGCGAACGAGAGGCUACUGUCAAUCCAAUCUCCUCCUGCCAAUGGCCAAGAAACUAUAUUUGCAGAAGAACCAUUAGCGGUUGAACCUGUCACAGCGGCAGAGGAUCAAGGCCUGUUGAUCGCUGUUCCCGAGCAGGUGGAUUUCCUGGAAACCACACUGCCUGAAAAGGAUCCAGUUCCGGAGAUCGAGAGCAUUCAUGGACCGUCGGCUGAUUCCUCCCUCCCAGGCCAUAUCAAUGGUUUCUUUGAGAAAGAGAUAUCGCCACCGGCGCCUGAUCCACAGGAGCUCAUAUAUCUCCCAUUCAGCGCCCAACAUAAGCUCAUGGUGCACCUACAGGAGCGCCUUGAGACAAUUUGCUUUUCCUUUGCCCAGCGCGUCCUCCCGCAUGCUCUCGAAAGUCGCGGUUGGGAUUGUUCAGAAAUGGUCCAGUUGCAUCUCUGGAUGAAAGACCCUGUUUUCCAGCACUACAUGGAACAGAAUGUGCGUGACAUGGAACAUCGCCUUCAGAUGAUCAGUUUCGUUAUCGAGAUUCGGCGAUGUGCUGUUAAUCGGAAGCCGAUUGAUACGACUGUGUUGGAAGGCCUUCUCUCCUCCGCUUUGGACUUGGCUAAAGUUCUCGAGGAGCAUUCUUCAGUCGAUGAGCUUGAACAAUUAAGAGAAAGUGUCAUCCAAACUACUCAUCGUCUUGCCGAGGAGACUCAGGUAAUGCAGGCCAGACACGAGACAAAGUUGCAGAAAAUCACCGCUGCUCGGGCAAGGUUGGAUGUCAUGGAGGAGAGGGCCAAAGCCUUGCUUUCCAAGAGGCUGAAGAAAAGUCGUUCUGCGGCCAAUGGCAGAAUCAUCAUGCUUAUACGUGAGGCGGAAUGCUCAACUCCAAAGGUAGCUUUGCCUGGGGGGUCAACAACGAGAUCUUGUCUUGAUUGGAUGAACGAUCUUGAGAGUAGCUUGGCUCUGGGUGAGGAUGAUCAUGAGGACUUUGUCGGUUAA